CUAAUUUUUAGUAAUUAUUUAUGCCCACGAAACAUUUUUCCUCAAAAGUUCAUUCAUAUUUGUACUUCGUUAAUAUAAUGUGCGGAUUUUUAUAAUAUUUAUUACUAUUGGUAGAUCAAUCUUUAGUAUUUUUUUUAUAAAAAUUAUCAUUGACAUGGCCGAAGAAUGUUUAAUUCUCCAAGAAGAGGAACGAGAAGCUUUACUUUCUAUUUAUGAUGGUGAUGAAGCUUUUAAGGAUGUAUCACCUACUGUUUAUCAAUAUAAAUAUGGAGAAGAUGGUGAUAAUAAAUCCUUUCUGUUGGAAGUUGAAUGGCACAACAAUUACCCAACUGAAGCACCUAAAAUUAAUUUAGAUAUGUUCUACAAUAAACACAUAGUUAGUUCAGUUAAACAAAAUAUUAAAGACAAAAUAGCAAAAGAAGCUGAUCAUUAUUUGGGUGAAUCCAUGACGUUUACUCUUUUUGAGUUUCUUAAAGAUUUUGCCGUAGAUUUAGUUGCUGAUCAACCUGAUAAAGAAGUUAUUGAAAGUAUAACUAAACUUUCAAUUGACAAUGAUGAUGAAACUAUGAAAAAGAUAGUGAAGAAAGAAGCUAUGAGCAAAUCUCAAAAAAGAAAACAAUGGGAUCGGUUAGAUUCCAAAGGAGAAAAACCUCGAGGAUAUGAUUGGAUAGAUGUUGUUAAACAUUUGUCACAAACAGGAUCUUCUAAGAACGAAGAUAAUUGAGUUUCACAAGAGAAAAUGUAUUCUUGGGACAAAUUAAAUGACCUAAUAUGUUAGCAUGAAAAUAUGCUUUU